GGAUCGGAUAGGGGAUUCAUUGCAUCCUGCCCGGGGAAUUUGGGGCGAAUGGGAGGGGGUUCUGGUUCGAUACGCAGCGCCUCACACGAUCCAUUGAGCACUGAUCCCGUCCGACACGGGAAGUUUCGAACAAAUUAGACGCGGGAUUGGAGUCGUCUCCCCGUCAGCUCUCCUUCCCAACAUAGUAUAUUCGCAGACUCGGCAUUGGUGGCGUUUGCGAGGGACUUCCCCCAUGUAUCUGGAUGUUAUUCGUCGAUCAAGUGAUUCAGAUUAAGCCUCGCAAUGAUAUGGAAACACGGGCGGGGCGGCGAGGAGGGACAUCCUAGGAAUGUCAACAAUCAGACAGGAAGCGACUGUUCAUCACCAUGGUCUGGAAUUAAGACCGGUCUCGACCACUUCUUGACCCCCAUGAACUGGUUCCUGAGAUUAAGAACCAAUAUAACGGGAGCGACGGGAGGUGGCCGGCUCAGCAAGAUGAUGGGGUUGUUUAUCGAAGUCCUGCAAUAUCGAUUACUGAAUAAUAACUGGGAUAGUGUCCUCGGUUUCCCCACAAAUCUCAUUGAUUUCUCGUUUCAUCUUGCGCGAGGCUUGGAGUCGAAAUGGGUGAUGGCUUGGGCCGAUGGCUUCGACUGGCUCGUUAACUCAGUGCCCUGUCAUGCCUGGCCCCGCGAAGUGCCUCAUCCAUUUAAUUUCGUCCGACAAGGGUUCCAACCAACAAGCGGAUACAAUUGGCGCCCACUAUCCUUCAAGAACAGUGUGGCCUGAUCUCACGAUGCUGCGUCGGUCUUACAAUCGAUGAAUCACCCUGCCCUCCGGAAUCCCUCCCAAGAUAUUCGCCUCUUGUGUCCUGUCCCCAAUUCCCAAUUACCCAAGCGCCAUCUCG